AAAUGUGCAAAUGCCCUGGUGAAUGUCAAAAAAUUUUUAAUAGAAUUUUUUCAUAUAUUCGUGCAUAUUAUUAAUUUAUAUUGUAAUAUGUUAUGUUGUAACAUGUUAUAAUAUCGCUUAAAUAUUUGUAAAUGAUAAGAAGCAUAACGGGGAAAAAACAAAACGGCGAAGAUGCCGGAGAUAAACGAGAAUAUGGAUCAGCAGAAGCUAAUGGCAGUAAUCAAGCCAAUGAGGGUAUUUCAACUCUUCGCGGUGCUGCUAUUGUUCGUGAUCAUGAUUUAUAUGAUUGUUAUGGAUCCUACGCCGAUAAGCGCUACUGUCUGCAUCCUCUUGAUUAUCCUAUCAGGCGUAUACACUUUCAUCUUAGCUAUUGGGUUAGUCGGCAACGCUGCCGGGAACAACUUGCAUCUUAUUCUGAUGGCUCUAUUCUCUUUACUUGGUCUAUUAUUUUUUGCUAUGGCUGGGAUUUUCUUGAUUUAUAAAGGCUAUCUUCAACUCAUAGUGAUAAUAGCAAUAACAUUGUGUCUAUUGACAGCGUUAUUUUUUUUGCUCGAUAUCACAAUGGUACUCACAUUUUGGAAGAAAAGAUACUCAAUCUGCGAACAAUGUUGCAGUAAUAACAUGACGGAACUUAUACUACGCAAAGCCGCCGAAUUAAAAGCACCCCAAAUAACGAGGCGUGAUAUAACGACCAGCUUGAGUGACAUCAGGGUACCCCGUGAACUGGAAGGUAUUGUAAUGCCUGACCACUGUUAUCGCAAAAUCGGAUAUUCUCGACGGCGAGAAUACAUUGACUGUCCUACCUGCGUACCAUCAUUAUACAAUCUUGGCAUCGCUCAAAUUCAAACGGAAUCGAAAAAGAUGUCCGUCAUGGAAUGUCAAACUCCGAAAAGAAUCAUGAAGGAAACACCGAUACAGACAUUAAGCAAAUGCGAAUUCUGUCAUCAACACAUACAGCUUCCCAUCACCGUAGGAGCUCAUGUGCCCAGUACGCAUUGUUUGCAACAUCCACAAUGGAAUUAUCCCACUGUCGUGCAGUUUCUUCGUGGAGAUACCAGCGGGUCGUGUUGCCCUAAAUGCAAAUGCGCUGAGGAUAAGAUAAAACAGCUGCAACAACAAUCACAGCAAUUAAAAUAUACGAGAUCACUGAUGUCAAAAGUAAAAUCUCCUCAUAAAAUGAGUGAGACACAGCAGAUUACAAAGGUUGAAAGCGGGAGCAGUAUUACAAAACUAAGGCAUCCAACAACCCACGCAUAUAUUUCUUCAUUUUAUGAACCGGACAAGAAAAUGCAGACCGCCCCGGAUAUCGACUACAAACAAAAAAUGGCUGCGAUAGAAAUGAAAAAAGGCAUAAGAGAGGACAUCGAUCAGAAAAUUGCGGGAAAAACCAAAAUAAAACUUGCGAAAACUAAAGAGUCCGAUAUAUUCGAAAAGAUCCUAGGGCAUGAAAACAUAAAGGAAAGACACAAGGACAGCAUGAAAGGAAGCGAAGAGAAGACAAUCAGAGGAAAAAAGAUCGAAAGAAGUAAGGGAGGAGGAGAACACAGCGCUAGAAUUAAUCAAGAGUUUAGAGGUGUAAUGGAACAAGAAAGCCCAAACUUAAAGGAAUCGUCGAUAGACAUGAGCAGAAUGUUAAGCACGCCGCUAAGUAGUAGAACGAAAUCUCGAACGUUGUUACACUUAAAAUCAAAUAAGGUGGAUCCAAUUACGGACGCAAAUGUAUUCGUGAUAAAUGAGGACUGCAGCCCCGAAAGAAUGGCAUCCAGAACGAUACUUGAUAAUCAGAAUAUUCAAGGAAGCGAGCAUUCAGCAAGGACUGGAACGCCGAAUCCUAUAAUUGAACGUCAGUUGAACGCUGCUUGUUCGCUCUAUAGGCCACAGAAGAGUUUAACGCCAACUUCGGACAAUUCAAGCUAUUAUAUCGUCUUUAAGGAUAGAAAGGGGAGACACUUUUGUGAAUUUUGCGCUCCGCUGAAAAGUAGAAAGAUAACAAGCAGAUUCGAAGGCACGGACUCAAGAAAGUUACGAUGUGCCAAUUGUCGAUUGCAUUUUCGUGAUCGAGGCAUCAAAACUAAAUCAGAUACUUAUCCAAAAUACAGUCGAUUGCAAAAGCAAAUGGCUUCUCCCACCACCACGUAAACAACAAUCACAAUUACAUAUCUCGCGUUGCAUAAAACGCACAUUGUGAUCGAAAACGUCGAUCGUGAUUACUUCCUUAAAAAUAUUUAUUCCUUACAAUAAUAGUUAUUAGGAAUAGCGAGAAACUUAAAAGUAUAUUUGUCUUCGCGCGGACAUGCUGAGAAGAAAUAAGCAACGCUGAUCGCGUUGUUGAUUAUUAUUAGCUGUAACUUAACACAAUUAGUGUAAGAUAACACUAUCGAAAGAACAUGAUUCAUACUUCUUUGUGACAUUCCUCGAAACAUGAUAUCAAGUGCGGGAUGCACAGCCAGCGGCGGGAUGCGCGUCAUUUGUAAUCUGCUGUAACAUUAUUAAUGUAACGCUGGCUUAAUGUCGAUUUUAUCUUUAUCUUCCAUUUUCAGUCUUGUAUUCUUAAAAUAUAGCAUGAUUUCUCGGAAAUGAGAAUGAUUUGGCUUAAGGUUCCUGACUAGCCGCCGCGACCAUAUUGGAUCGUGAUAUGAUAAAGAAAUGACACGUUGAAGUUUCUUACAUGCCACUUAUGAAUAAAGAGAAUUUGAGUAAAAUAAUAAUAAGAUAUAAUCCAUUUUUAUAUAAAUGUUUUAAAGCAUCUUAUUAUUUUUCCCGAAGUCACCCUUAUCUUCUUUAUAGUCA